AUGCGAGAUAUUAUGAAGUGUGAUCGGAUUUUUGGAGGUAAAGUUUUUGUUUUAGGGGGUGAUUUUAGACAAAUUUUACCGGUUGUGCCAGAGGCUGGGAGAGUUGGAACAGUUUUAGCCUCUAUAAACUCAUCAUUGCUUUGGGAUAGUUGUAAAGUACUUCGGCUUACACAAAACAUGAGGCUUCGCAAGGCGAAAAAUAGUCAAGAUGCAGAUGCUCUCUCCACAUUUUCAAAAUGGCUACUCGAUAUUGGGGAUGGCAAGAUCAACGAGCCUAACAAUGGUGAGGUAGAAAUAGAAAUACCCGAGGAUUUAUUGAUUGUUGCAUGUGAUAAUCCUAUAGAAGCAAUUGUUAAACAGAUAUACGGUCCAUCAUUUGCAACAAGGACCGAUGCAAAAUUUUUUUGCGAAAGAGCUAUUCUUAGUCCAAGAAAUGAUGAUGUCGAUAAAAUAAAUCAAUAUAUGCUCUCUCAACUUCCAGGGGAAGAAAGACAGUAUUUGAGUUCAGACAGCAUCGAGACUUCCGAUACAAGUGCAUACGACGAUAUGAUCUACACUCAGGAAUUCUUAAACAGUAUUCACGUUUCUGGAUUACCUAACCAUGUUCUGACGCUAAAAAAGGGAGCACCUAUCAUGUUGCUUAGGAAUAUUGAUCCUAAGGGAGGUUUAUGCAAUGGUACGAGAUUGAUUGUCACACAAAUGGCGAAUCAUGUUAUUGAAGCAAGGAUUGUAACAGGUAAAAGAAACGUCAACGACAAAGUUCUUAUCCCUAGGAUGUUUGUGUCGCCACCGGAUGCAAAGUUUCCCUUUCGUAUGAGGCGUCGUCAGUUUCCUGUUGCUCUUGCACUUGCGAUCACUAUAAACAAAAGCCAAGGACAGACGUUGGAACAUGUUGGAUUGUAUCUACCCAAGCCCGGUGACACUAUUGAAGCUCCUUAUUUGAAUGAUACACUCGCUAACCUCCCGAAAUAUAUAUACGAUGAUAGAAGACGGCCUGGGAGUAUCAUUGAUAUUAAUGAAGUUGUUCUCACAUUGUUGAAUGGCAGGUGUGAGACUGUGAAGUGUCGUCUCAAAGACAACCACGCUACUGAAUUCAGGACCAUAUGGCAAUCAAGCGGGUGCCAUCUCAUAUACAAAUCCGAACCUGUAUUCUGUGUAAUGCGGUUUAUGAGGGUUGGAGAAUAUGAAGGUUCACCAUGUCUUGAAAAUACCUUAAACUCUUCGAAGAUCUUCAUAAAACCAGAGUACGAAGGACUGGAGCAUCAUCAGGCUAUGUAA